AAUAUGUCAAAUAUUUUAUUAUUUACAUUGUUUUAUUUAUUAAUUUCUGGAUGUAUAAUAUAUCCACCAUAUGAAUUUAUAUCGGCUGGUUUAACUAUUGAAUCAGUAUUUAGUUCAUUCUUGGGAUCAGAAAAUGCUCAAUUUAUUCAAUAUCAUAUAAAAAAAUCAGUGUAUACGAUAAUCGUACAUUCACUGUUACCCUUUGCCUACGUGUUAGGUAUUUAUGCUUCAAUAGAGGAACCUUUUGAGGUAUCAACAAUUCUUUAUUAUGCCUAUCAUAUUUUUUUAAUUUUCUCAAUCUUAUUACCGACAAAAAUAUUAUAUAUAAUAAAUGAUUGGGCAAAGAGAAACUGGAUUGAUCACCCAAUUUGUAAAAAUUUACAAUAUUUUUGUAAUAAUGAUACAAGUUGGUUAUCCGUAGCAUCGUCUAUUAAUACCGAAUAUAGAAGAGUUGAUAAAAUCUGUAUACAAUUAAAUCCAAUACAUAAAUUGAUUGUAACCGAUAAUUGGAUAUUAAAAGUGACACCGUAUUCAAUAUAUUGUGCACAUCAAAGUGAUACAACAUUAAGUGUAAUUCAUAGUGAUUCACACAAUAUAUCACAACAAACACAUGGUGAAGUACAAUUUAUAAAUAUUGAAGUGAAAUCAUCACGCACCAGUGUACAACCAUUCACAAUACGUUUGAAUGCAUUAGAUUUUAAAGAUUUACAAGAUAAAGUUAGCCGUCCAAUAACAGUUUUACCAACAGUCACAUUUCAUAAGACAAUUGUUGAACGAUUUAUUGAUGCAUUUAAGCAACAGGUGUAUUUAAAUCCUAGAUUUAGAACUGAACAGGAAUUAGAAAAUUGUAUAGGAUGCAUGCAAGUGACAUCAAAUAUAAAACUACAGAGACAAUGUGCUGAUGAUACAUCGAACACAUCUGAUACAAAUUGUCAAGUGUGCCAUUGUAGACCAAUGUGGUGUAUUGAUUGUAUUGCAAAAUGGUUUGUUUCACGUCAAGAUGAAUCUGAAAAUAGUACAUGGCUGUCUGCAAAAUGUACAUGUCCAAUGUGCCGUAAUCGAUUUUGUGUGCUAGAUGUUUCAUUGGUUGAACAAUCACCAUCGUCAUAGCAAUAACUAUAAAAUUUUAUGUUCCUAAGACUUAAUUAUUUUUUUAAUUAUUAAUUAAAAUAAUGUA